ACAAAGCAAUUGUUUUAACCAUAUGUCACAAAUAUUACAUUUUCCUUCGCAUAAACUGCACUGUAAUAAUUCUAAACCCCUUCUCUGCAUCACCGUCAACUAUAUCUCUCUUGCAGAUCGGUUAGACUCGAAACCCUGCUAUUGCCACUGCGCUAGCUAGGGUUUCAUUUCACCUUCUCCGAACAAUCUCGCUCCCGCAUGCUCAACACAAACCAAUCGCAUUACUCAGCAAUUCGGUGGAGCUAAUUCCCCAACAGAUGAUAUGAAACCGUGCUCGCGGACCAAGCCUCUUCUUCUGCUCUUUCUGCUGCUUCUCCACCAUCACGCCGCCGUCGUUCUCUCCGAUGCUUCCAAAACCAAAAACAACUUCCGCGAGCGCGAAGCCUCCGAUGACUCACUCGGAUACCCUGAAAUAGAUGAAGAUGCUCUUGUGAAUUCGAAGUGUCCUAAGAAUUUGGAGCUCAGAUGGCAAACUGAAGUUAGUUCAAGCAUCUAUGCAAAUCCCUUGAUUGCUGAUAUUAAUAGUGAUGGGAAGCUUGAGGUCGUGGUUCCCUCUUUUGUUCACUACCUUGAGGUUCUAGAAGGUGCUGAUGGGGACAAAAUGCCAGGCUGGCCUGCUUUUCACCAAUCAACUGUGCAUUCUAGUCCUCUUCUAUAUGACAUUGACAAAGAUGGGGUGAGAGAAAUAGCUUUGGCAACCUACAAUGGUGAAGUUUUGUUUUUCAGGGUUUCGGGCUAUCUAAUGUCGGAUAAGCUAGAGAUCCCACGUAGGAAGGUGCUAAAAGAAUGGUUUGUGGGCUUGGAUCCUGACCCAGUGGAUCGUUCUCACGCUAAUAUUCAUGAUGACCAACUUGUCCAAGAGGCUACCAUCAAGAAUUCUAUGUCUCAAAUGAAUGGAAGUAGACAUGAAGCUAAAUCUUCAGUGGCCACAUCUACCGAGAACCCCCCAGACACAAAAAAACAGUCUAAUCCUGAGCCAGAAAAGAAAGUAAAUGGAAGUCAAGUAGGUGAGAGCAUUAAGGUGUCUAAUCUUGAGCCGGUAAAGAAAAUAAAUGGAAGUGAAGUAGAUGAGCGUCUGAAGGUGCCUAAUCUUGAGCCAGAAAAGAAAAUAAAUGGAAGUCAAGUAGAGGAGAGUAUUAAGGUGCCUAAUCUUGAGCCAGAAAAGAAAAUAAAUGAAAAUCAAGUACAUGAAAGUAUUAAGGUGCCAACAAAUGUUAAUAAUUCCUCUGUGAAUGCCGGGUCUCUGGAAACGGUUCACACAGAAAAUAAGACCAGCACUGGGAGACGUUUGCUGGAAGAUAACAAUUCCAAAGAAGCAAAGCAAGGUGUUUCUGAAACAGAGGGUAUUCAAGCUUCAACUGUGGAAAAUGAGGAAGUCUUGGAAGCUGAUGCUGAUUCAUCUUUUGAGUUAUUCCGCAAUAGUGAAGAGCUGGCUGAUGAGUAUAGCUAUGAUUAUGAUGAUUAUGUUGAUGAAACAAUGUGGGGUGAUGAAGAAUGGACUGAAGUUAAGCAUGAUAAAUUAGAGGAUCAUGUAAAUGUUGACUCUCACAUCUUGUGCACUCCUGUCAUUGCAGAUAUUGACAAUGAUGGUGUUUCAGAAAUGAUUGUUGCUGUUUCUUAUUUCUUUGAUCACGAGUAUUAUGACAACCAGGAGCAUCGGAAAGAACUGGGUGACAUUGACAUUGGGAAAUAUGUUGCUGGUGGAAUUGUUGUUUAUAAUCUGGAUACGAAGCAAAUUAAAUGGACUGCAGAUCUUGAUCUGAGUACUGAUACUUCAAACUUCCGAGCCUACAUAUAUUCUUCCCCAACUGUUGUAGAUUUGGAUGGUGAUGGGAAUCUUGACAUUCUCGUUGGAACCUCGUAUGGCAUGUUUUAUGUAUUGGAUCAUCAUGGUAAGGUUAGAGAAAAGUUUCCUCUUGAGAUGGCCGAGAUUCAAGGAUCUGUUGUUGCAGCUGAUGUCAAUGAUGAUGGGAAAAUUGAGCUAGUUGGUGCUGAUGCACAUGGAAACGUUGCUGUAUGGACUCCAAAAGGAGAUUUAGUCUGGGAAAAACAUCUGAAGAGUCUUAUUCCGCAGGGUCCAACUGUUGGUGAUAUUGAUGGGGAUGGCCAUACUGAGCUUGUUGUGCCAACACUAUCUGGGAAGAUUCAUGUUCUGGAUGGAAGAGACGGGUCAUCUAUAGGGCGGUAUCCAUAUCCAACUCAUGGAAGAAUAAUGAAUCAAAUUCUUCUAGUUGAUUUAAAUAAACCCAAAGAGAAAAAGAAGGGUUUAACUAUUGUUACCACGUCAUUUGAUGGAUAUUUGUAUCUCAUUGAUGGACCUACUGGAUGUGCUGAUGUUGUUGACAUUGGUGAAACUUCGUAUAGCAUGGUCUUGGCAGACAAUGUUGAUGGUGGGGAUGAUCUUGAUCUAAUUGUCACAACUAUGAAUGGCAAUGUCUUUUGCUUCUCAACUCCAUCUCCUCAUCAUCCCCUAAAGGCAUGGAGAUUGCCUAGUCAAGGAAGAAACAACGUUGCAAAUAUGUACAAUCGUGAAGGUAUAUAUGUUACCCAUCCUUAUAGGGCAUUCCGUGAUGAGGAAGGCAAAAGCUUUUGGGUGGAAAUUGAGAUUGUAGAUAAUUACAGAUACCCAUCUGGGCAUCAAGGACCAUACAAAGUCACUACAUCCUUGCUAGUACCUGGGAAUUACCAAGGCGAGAGAACAAUAAAGUUGAACAAUACCUAUGAUCUACCUGGGAAAUAUCGGAUUAAGCUGCCAACUGUGUCGGUAAGGACCACGGGAACAGUUUUGGUUGAGAUGGUUGACAGAAAUGGACUGUAUUUCUCUGAUGAUUUCUCCCUUACAUUCCAUAUGCACUACUAUAAACUGUUGAAGUGGCUUCUUGUACUUCCAAUGCUUGGGAUGUUUGGUGUGCUUGUAAUCUUUCGCCCACAAGACUCAAUGCCAUUACCAUCAUUUUCGAGGAACAUUGAUUAAUGAUGAUUACUUUAUUUCAUAUCAUAGGCAUCAUUCAAUUCAGAAAAUGUGAAUAUUUUAUGUCAAAUUGAGUAGAAACUGUUUAUGGUGUAUGCCUUUGGUGCUGCCCUGAACUUUGAUCUGAGUUGAAGCGGGUUCUUUUCGAGCUGAAGAGUUCAGCGAAGUUGAGGUUACUUUAGAGAUAGUUGAAGAUUCAAGAGUGAAUUAUAUUUUAAAGUUGAUGUUGUAGUGUAGUGUAAUCUGAUACCUAAAUGUUUGACUGAGCUACAUACAUUUUUUUCCCAUCUUUGAAACAAAAUAGAUAUUUAUAAGUAAUACACAGUUUUAUCCGA